AGUUGAGUUAAUAAUGGGAAUGGCUAUGUGACAUAUUGAUUAUUCUUUAAAAAGCUGUGGUGAUGACUGGUGCACUGAUUGAUAACUGGUUCGUUAUGAUCUGCACCUUUUUCUCCUUCAGAUUGUGUUAACCUAUAUUUUCAUUAUGUUGGACUUUGCUUUUAUUUAUCUGAUUUUAAGUUGGUGCUUCGCAUAGAUCAAGGCUUGUAGCUUGGGUUUGAUGUGUAGUAGCAGACACCUUAAGGUUGUGGUUUGUUCUUCAUGUCAGAAAGCAGUUUGUUUCCCUAGUUUUAACUGUGUCACAUCCUCUUCAGGGGAGUGUACAAACAGGGUGUGUUUUUACUGAGCUCUUUUGGAGGGGGUAGAGGCUGUGUCUGUCUGUGAGACAAACCAGCUGCGUGUUUAGAUAUCAGAAGCAUCAAUGAAAAGCAAUUAAUGAACCGUACAGCUAAAAACAGAGAACGUGUGGGAUGGACAGUCCUGAACUGAGAUAGUUCUCACUUCUCUGCAAUUAUAUCCGUGCACCUCAUGAGAAGGGUGUGGGAGGGGAACUCCAGAUAGAUCUCUGCAGUUCCUUGGUGUGCAGGAGCCACCUCGUAAGCAUCCACGUUGGUCCAGCGUCCAUGUUGGACUAUUUGCGUGCAGUAAUGUCUCUCUUCUCAUCCCCAGGACUGUGAGUACCGGAGGACCGGAGCACAUCUGCACUGUCACUGUUCAUCUCCCAUGCUCCUGUGAUGGGAGGGCUCCUCUCCAGGCUGACAACCGGGUAACUAUCCCCCAGCCUCAGCAUUCCUUGGGAUGAAUCUGAGCGUGAGUGGUGCUGCUCUCCAGCUGGAAGCCUGAGGCUAAUGGAAGUGACGCAUGUGCUGCAUGGUGUUGUGCCAGCCACUGCCGUCAAGGCUGAGUAAAAAUUUUAAUUUAUUUUAAUGUAGUUACCGAGGCAUUUUAAUUCCAUCAAAGGAAAUAACACGAGUCAACUACCAAUAUUCAUCUGUUACUUUUAACUGAAUUUGAUUCAGCUGUGCUUGGUUCCUCCUUUUCAGUUUUUACUUUGAGACUUACUUCUCGCUUACAGGCACAAGUAUUCAGACUGUGAACCUUAAAAAUUGCAGUCUAAAUUCAGUGUUUUGUACAUGAAUAUUUAAGCAGAGUAAUAUACUCUGUUCUCUCUGUAAGGUCCCAUUUUUAAUCAUUAAUGCUCGUUCUUUUGAGCAAAUAGACCCCAUAUAUAUGAGACGUAAGCAUUUUAAAAAAAGAUCGUUCUCUGGGACAAGUUCCAAUAUGACAAUAUCCUUUAUAUGAAUAUUUAUAGAUCUAUCAAAAUUGGUGAAUACUGAACUUGCUGAUAAACAUUGUGGAGGGUGUUUUAACUUUUCUUUUGAAAGAGAUUGAAAAAUUAUUUGCAAAUUGGGUCAAAUUCAGUAUAUAAUUUUAGCCCCCAAAGCAUCUUUUUUUCUUUUUUGGUUAAAAAAAUAUCAAAUUUUCAAACUUUUUGACUGAAAGCAUCUUUUGCAUGCAUAAUUUAUUUAAAUUGCAAAAAACCUCUCAAAGCCUUUUGAUGGUAUUGAAUAACAUGAAACAAAAUAUUUCAUUUGUGGCAAAGAUUUUAACUGAGCAAAAAUUAAAUUUGGGAGCUUUACUGUAAGAGUUACAUUGCCUGUUGCAUGUUAGUAGUAGAAUACUGAUCAAUGUGGUCGCACUGGCAUUGUUUUCAGGUUGCAAUGAAGACUUUUCUUCCACAUGCAUUAGCGUUCUGUUUGAAACGUGCAGAAAACCAUCAGGUUGUUUUCUGAAUAUGCAUGCAUAUUGCACUGUGUUUAAGAAAAUACUAUUGCUUCUUGCACUAGGCACACAAGUGUGGCAGCAUUUGUUCUUUCUGUGCCACGAGUGUGGCCACGUUCUGUUUUUUCUUCUGUUUACAAGGUGUCCUCGCUUGAUAUCUGCUACAUUUAAAAUGGAAUUUUUAAUGCUGCAUAAUUUAAACCUGUUACUUUUACGGUAAUUUAUACUAGAUGAGGAUUUUUGUUUCUGUAUGGACAGUGAACCCUGGCUUCCUUUCCACCUCCUCCCAGCACACAUUGAGAUGCACGCUUGUAUUUAAAUACAGGUGUGAACAGUGCAUGAUAUAAAUAGCUCAGAAGGAAAGUCCUGUUGCAACCCAUGUGACAUUUCUGAAUCACCCAUCGCACAAAGAUAUUUCCUUGUCUGGUGUGUAUUGCGUUUUGAUUUGGGAAUGAAAACAACGUAUUGGUAUUUCCCAUGGGAUGGAAACACCAUUUUCCAGUCAUCUCCAGCUGUGGGUGACUGAUUCAGGAAGUAAAUGAUGAAAGAGCUACAAAUGACGGCAUAAAGGAGAGAAUGACAAAAGGGCUACCAAGAAGACCAUUUGAGGAAAUGCAGAGGCGAGUGAUGGAAAAUGAGAGCUUUAUGGUCAGGCGACGGGGAGCCUCAAGAUGAAAGUGCGGCCACUCAUUUGUGACAAUAACAUCAGAAAACUGCAGUCAGGUGCUGAUUCCUUCUGCUAAGGAUGGCUCAUACCUGGGCAGUUCUGGCUGCACUCAUUUUCUUGCUAAUCAACCAGACUGAAGGGCCAGCUUAUAACACAUUGAGCGUGGAGGCUGGUCAGGAGGCUGUGCUGAGUUGUCCUUACAUCUCCGAGGCUUCUUUGCUACUGGCAACAUGGAAGAUGAAAUGCAGCACUUGCUGCUUGUUUGCCUACAGAAGUGAUCACAAGGAGACAAGGAAGUUAAACUGCAGUGAGAGGGUGAUGUGGAAAUAUUCACCUGAGAAGGACCCUGCUCUUCGUAUUUACCCUGUGAACAUCGGUGAUGAGGGAAAUUACACCUGUGAAAUUGUCAGCAGUGCAGGGAAUUUUCUUUUUUUCUCUUCUCUGACUGUGAUAGUCCCUCCCACAGUGACUCUGACCAGAGAUGAGAGCAAGGUGGCUGUGUGUCAAGCAUCUGCUGGAAAGCCAGCUGCUGAAAUUUCCUGGAUCCCUGCAAGUAAUCACAGCACCCAGGAAGAAGUCCAUCACCCCAACGGAACAGUGACCAGAAUGAGCUACAUAGGCUGGGUCAACAGCUCGCAUGCCACUGUUACCUGCCUGGUUACCCACUCAGCUACUAACCAGACCCUGUCCCUAGACCUGUCACACACUUCCCUCAGGCUUCCUUAUCUCCUGAUAGGAGGAUCUGCAAGUGUUGCUGUGACUUUAUGCUUGAUUUUCAGGUACAAAGCUUUCCGGUUACGUGAAGUGGUGCAUGGAUCGGAAGUACCAUUUGCAACAAGGAACUUCAGGUCCACACCAUCACAUGAGAAAACAGAAGCAGUCAAGCCUCCUGUCUUAUCAGAGAGUAUCUAUCAGAAUUAUGAUCCAAGAAUGAUACAUAUGAACUAUUAACAGUGUAGGCACAAGCAGUUUACUACCAGCUCAGCUAACUAAUGAUACUCAGUUACUUGAACUUGUACUUCAACUAACAAAUCUCAGACCUUACCACAUAGCAGGACAGCAGAACACUCAAAAGAGCCCCAUAAAAGCCUUUUUCUUUCCUGACUUGAAGACAGCGGAGAGAGAGGAAGCUGUUUUAGUAAAUUAUUUCUCUCUUUCUCUAAAUAUCAGCACAGCUCUUGAAACAUCUGAAACUUUUAAAGACCGAGUUUUAAAUACCUAUCUGAAUUUUGUUUGAAAAUAGACUCUGAGGUAUGUGCUUUUUCCUCAGAUCAAUAACUGACAUAUUUCUGUGCAAGACUAAUAGACUUCUUGUGAAAACGUAGCACUCUUUUCCAUUUUAGCAUCUGGAUUUUCUUUGCAAUUUUGUGUUGGAAAGUGGCAAGUAACACAAGGGACCCCAAAACAUAUAAGAGCAAAGAAACAUAUCCAGAAAAAAUAAAAGAAGUGAUUUUGUUUGUUUGUUUUUCUGGGUAGAUAGUUACAUGUGACAGGUGACAAACUGAUAUUCGUCAUCUUUGUUUAUUUUUUAAAAGUUUUUAAUAUAUUUAUUUUUCAGUUAAACUUUCUGUUUGCAUUGAUAAUGGAAGAAAAAAAAAGCCAGCUGGAAAUUGCACUUGAUAUGGAAAUGAGAAA